ACAGAGAGAGAGGGAGAAAGAGAGAGAGAGAGAGGGCGAGAGAGGGGGAGAGCGAGAGGCGGGGGAAACCACGCUUUUAAGAGAUUUGAUAGUAAUUUGAAGCGUCAUAAUUGUGAGGCAAUGUGCAAGCCUCGAAAGGAAGAAUUUCUAGAAAUGUAUGUUUUCAUAAGUAUCCAUGAGAAGAAGUAAUGCCAAACGGUUUUCAUUCCGGAGAGCAUCCGUUGAAAUGGAAUUUGACGUGGCUGCCAACGGACAGUGUUUAACAUGUUAGAGACGGACAGAAAGUUCUGUAUGGAGUAUUUACAUAUGUACGAAGUGAGUCUAUCAAGUUCCUGAUUGGCACUUCUGGACGCCUCGGUCUGCCCCAUCAACGCGUUUCACGUCAAGGAUGGAAAUGUCAGGUGCUUCAGGCAGAGGGUGAGCAUUUUGGGUCCCUUCAGUCGCAGCAGCAUGACACCGAAUCCGCCCACGUCCCCACUCCUCCACUAUGGCAAGGUCUGGGUGUCAGGGUUCAGGUUUAGCAGCUAUGGCCCGACCCCGUCCCUCCUGUGGGCCCUCUGGGUGCUGGUGGGCCCCGGGGCAGAGGUGUGGGCACACCAGCCCACGCACCCACGCUCCAUCAAAAUCGAAGGCGACAUUACCUUGGGCGGUCUCUUCCCCGUGCACUCCAAGGGCCCCGCGGGCGUGGCCUGUGGCGAGAUCAAGAAGGAGAAAGGCAUCCACCGCAUGGAGGCCAUGCUGUACGCGCUGGACCAGAUCAACAGUGACCCAGAGCUGCUGCCCAACAUCACGCUAGGUGCCCGCAUCCUGGACACUUGCUCUAGGGACACCUACGCGCUGGAGCAGUCGCUCACCUUCGUGCAGGCCCUCAUCCAGAAGGACACAUCGGACAUACGCUGCUCCAAUGGCGAGCCUCCCAUCAUACGCAAGCCAGAGCGUGUGGUGGGAGUCAUCGGGGCCUCGGCCAGCUCCGUAUCCAUCAUGGUGGCCAACGUGUUGCGCCUCUUUGAGAUCCCUCAGAUCAGCUAUGCAUCCACCUCCCCGGAGCUUAGUGACCACAACCGUUACGACUUCUUCUCCCGUGUGGUGCCGCCGGACUCCUACCAAGCCCAGGCCAUGGUGGAUAUUGUCAAGGCGAUGGGGUGGAAUUACGUGUCGACGGUGGCGUCGGAGGGCAACUACGGGGAGAGCGGAGUUGAUGCCUUCAUCCAGAUAUCUCGCGAGGCAGGAGGUCUGUGCAUCGCCCAAUCGCUGAAGAUCCCAAGAGAUCCAAAGCCGGGAACGUUUGACAAGGCCAUUAUGAGGCUAAUGGAGACCUCGAAUGCACGUGGAGUCAUUAUAUUUGCCAGUGAGGACGACAUCAAACGGGUCCUGGAGGCAGCAAAGAGGGCAAACCUCACAGGUCACUUCCUAUUUGUGGGCUCAGACAGCUGGGGAGCAAAGAGCUCACCAAUCCUGGACCAGGAAGACAUGGCAGAGGGAGCUGUCACCAUCCUCCCAAAAAGGGCCUCCAUUGAAGGAUUUGACCAGUACUUUACCACCAGAUCUCUGGAAAACAACCGCAGGAACAUCUGGUUUGCUGAGUUCUGGGAAGAUGAUUUCAGAUGUAAACUGACACGGCCAGGUAUCAAAAUCGACAGUGAAAAGAAAAAAUGCACAGGUAAUGAGAGGAUAGGCCGUGACUCUCCCUAUGAACAGGAAGGGAAAGUGCAGUUUGUGAUUGAUGCUGUCUACGCCAUGGCCCAUGCUCUGCACACUAUGCAUCUGGACCUCUGCCCCGGAUCCACAGGGGUCUGUGACAAGAUGGACCCAGUGGAGGGACGCAUGUUGCUUAAAUACAUACGCUCGGUGAGCUUCAAUGGUAGUGCGGGCACUGGGGUUCUGUUCAAUGAGAAUGGAGAUGCUCCAGGGCGUUAUGACAUCUUCCAGUACCAGCUGAGCAAUAUCUCCAGUCCUGGGUAUAAAGCCAUUGGCCAGUGGACCAAUCAACUGCGACUCAAUCUGGAGGACAUGCAGUGGUCUGGGGGCAAUCGGCUGGUGCCCGACUCGGUGUGCAGUUUCCCCUGCAACCCAGGUGAGAGGAAGAAGAUGGUGAAGGGUGUACCCUGCUGCUGGCACUGUGAGCUGUGCGACGGCUACCUGUACCAGGUGGAUGAAUUCAACUGCGAGUCGUGCCCCUUCGACAUGCGGCCCACGCUCAACCGCACAGGUUGCCGGCCCACGCCCAUCAUCAAACUGGAGUGGCACUCGCCCUGGGCCAUCAUCCCAGUCUUCUUAGCCAUCCUGGGCAUCAUCGCCACCUCUUCCGUGGUCAUCACCUUCAUCCGCUUCAACGACACUCCCAUUGUGCGGGCAGCAGGCCGCGAGCUCAGCUACGUGCUGCUGACGGGGAUCUUCCUCAUCUACCUCAUCACCUUCUUCAUGAUCGCCGAGCCGGGCGUGGUGGUGUGUGCUCUCCGCCGCCUCCUGCUGGGCCUGGGGAUGUGCAUCACCUACUCGGCCACGCUGACCAAGACCAACCGCAUCUACCGCAUCUUCGAGCAGGGCAAGAAGUCCGUCUCGCCGCCCAAGUUCAUCAGCCCCACCUCACAGCUGGUCAUCACCUUCAUACUCAUCUCUGUGCAGGUGGUGGGUGUGUUUGCGUGGUUUGGCGUAGUGCCCCCGCACACCAUUGUGGACUACGAAGAGCUGCGACCUGUGAAUCCAGAGCUGGCGCGUGGAAUCCUCAAGUGUGACAUGUCCGACCUGUCACUCAUCUGUUGCCUGAGCUACAGCAUCAUCCUCAUGGUGACCUGCACCAUCUACGCCGUCAAGAGCCGUGGUGUGCCCGAGACCUUCAACGAGGCCAAGCCCAUCGGCUUCACCAUGUAUACCACCUGCAUAGUCUGGCUGGCGUUUGUACCCAUCUUCUUUGGCACAGCACAAUCCACUGAGAAGAUGUACAUCCAGACGACCACCCUGACUGUGUCAAUGAGCCUGAGUGCCUCGGUGUCGCUGGGGAUGCUCUACAUGCCCAAGGUGUACGUCAUCAUCUUCCACCCGGAGCAGAAUGUCCAGAAGCGCAAGCGUAGCUUCAAAUCCGUGGUGCAGGCGGCCACCAUGUCCACCCGACUCUCCCAGAAGUCCAUAAACGAGAAGCAGAACGGAGAGACUAAAAUUGAGCCUGACAGGACACAGUAGCCCAAGAUGGAUUAUUUACUAUUGGAGGCCUGACAACAAAUGGACUUUGAGCAAGAGACUGUUGCUGUAUACAUUUGAGAAAGAGGAGACUGCUCCUGUAUACAGUAUUAAUAGCUUAGAUAAAACACCCAGAUCUUCCGGUGUCAGUAUCGCCUGAAGUGUGGCUCAAUAAAAAUAACUGUUGUCAGCAAGAUGCUGAGAAGAGAGACGGAGCAACACAAAACCAGUUCUAGGAGAAACUUGAAAUGCUUCAGAGCUCAUGUUUGUAAAAACACCAUCAAAGAACUCAAGCCUCAUUACACUACUGUGUCAAUGUGGAUGUUGGGAAGCCAGAGUGCAGAGGAAACCCCAUCUUAGACGGAGGGAUUGUUUUGCACUGGAGACUGGACACAGCAGCAGCUGUCUAUGAGUAUAUGUCUCUCCUGUCCACUGAAGUAGCAGCAUGGGUUUUGUGAUCGUUUGUUUGUUUUGUAUGUGUGUGUGUGACUUCAGCCAUUUUCUCUGAAGCAGCGGCGACUGUCACUAAAUCGAGAUCCCAUGUUUAAAUGAAAAGCACAGUUAGGUUAUAUGAAUAACAUGAGAAGAAAAGCAAUGCAUGGAUUUUUAUUUUUGUGAAAUCCAUUAUAUAAUUUUCAAAUGAUCCUGAGAUGUUUGUCAUGAGCGAGCCAUUUCCCUGCAAUACAGUUUUUUUCUGACAUAUCAUUGUAUAUUCAGUAUACAUUCACAGUUGAUAAUUCCGUCAUUGAAGCAUUACACAAGACAGCACAUUGAUUAUGUUUUCUGAAUUGCAUAAGGUUAUCAAUAAUUACAGUGCUUUUUCCUUGAAUUCAUAAGCACAAGACAUAUGUUUGUAUUUCCAUAACCUCACCAAUAAAAAAAAAAUCAUCUAGCAUGUGCACAACGUAAUUAAGUCCUUAACCCACUGGUAAUGAUAAACAAAAACAUACAUUUCAGAUUUCAAGGUUGUAAAUAUAGAGUAUAGUUUGGUGAAAUAAAAAAAAUGCACUUAUGGGUACAUUUCUAGCAAGGAUGAAAGAAAAUGGAUGCAUGCAAACGUUUAAUUCGUCUAUGGGGGAUGUUGGAAUGGUCAACCAAGAAUGAUUUACAUUUUUGGUUCCUCAUUUCUCAGCCAUCUGUGUAAUGUUUUUUUUUUCUUACCGUAAUUUCACCAACACUCUUUGAAGCCUUGGUCCAUGGCUUGACUGUGUCCUUGUGAAAUUCAAGAUUCCUAUAAUUAGCUCUCAAUUUAACACUUGGAACAUGGAUCAUAAUUAUGGGUACUAUGCUGCACAAUGAUUGGGUGUUGUGGAGCCAAGGGAAUAGCAUUUCGUCACCCUGGUGAUUUCUCUUAUGAUGUGCCCAUUCACAGAUAUGUGGACAAAGAUGUGUUUGAGUACCAAAGUCUGAGUGUCAGAAUAGUGUUGAUGGCUGAUAUGGCAUGAAUAUAAAGAUCUCAUAUUGCUAAGUAUACAUAGAUAUACUGGAAUACAUUUCGUUAAACAUAUAAUUACUUUAAUACAGUAACUUUUGGGUCAACCUUAACAGAUCAAGUCCUGUGACUGGAGUAUUUUCUCAUGUGGAUCAUAUGCCAUCAAAUUUAGCUAGAUUUUCAGUGCAGUGUGCAAAUCACACGUAUCAUGCUAAGUUUCAGAAGAGUUGUGCCAUCAUUACAUGUUUUUUACUCAAUAUGAUCAUACAAAAAAACAGAGGAAUUUCAUUAUUUAUUACUUGAACUAUUUGUAUAUACCUUUAGAUUAUUCAAUUAAGGUUGGAGAGGUAACUGUUAUUUCCUUUUUGUACUGUAAGGAACUCAGGUGUUUUAAUGUGAACUGAGAUCAAUCUCCCAAUUUAAUUUUCACAUUCAUAGGAUUGUUGUACUUUAAACUCCCUUCUCUUGGAUGAGUCUAAGAUUUGGGCAUGGCAUUGUUAUGUCUAAUGGUACUUUGCAUGUUAGAAUAAAUGUUUUAAUGAAACAGAUAGUCUUUUGUCUCUAUAAAGAUAAUUGGCCAAUA